AUGUGCUUGUGGGACAGGGAAAGAGCUGCUGGUUAUUGGCAGUGAUCAUGGCACCUUGCCUGGCACCCAGCUCCUAGCUCAUCCCGACCUGCUGCCCAUACACUGACUCUAUAGAGAGAACUCUGCCUGGAGGGAAGGGAACAUGUAACCCUGUAAGUGCCAAGGAAGGGAGCUGGCAGCAGGGAGCUGGCAGUCAGGCUGGGCACAGAGAGCUGAUGAGAAAUGCUGCGUUUCUAGGGGCAUUUAACCAGCAGGCUGGCAGCAGGGUGCAUCAUGUGAGUGCCAGGUCCGCAUCAUGACCCAGCGAGAUGGGCACCAAGGGAGACAGGUGAUUGGCACAAGCCUUCUGUACUGCAUCCUCCUCCUCCUCUGGGCUAAAGAGCUCUCUGCCCUGGCUGACUUCUCAGGGUAUCUGACAAAACUCUUAGAGAAUCGCACAGUGUCGGCGUGUGAUGGUGCCCACCUGACCCUGCAGUGCCCUCGCCAUUCCACUGUCAGCGUUCAGUCUGCGUUCUAUGGCAGCCCUCUGAGUGAUCACCAGAACUGCUCAUCAUUACCCGCCGUGACCAUGCACAAAGCCAAGAUGGGCUGCUGGGUACAGACAGCACUCCAGAAAGUACUGGAUGAAUGCCAGAACCUCAGAUCCUGCCAACUCCCUGUGAACAGUCGUGUUUUUGGGCUGGACCCUUGUCCGGGUACAACCAAAUAUCUACUGGUGACUUAUAAGUGCAAACCUACUGAAUACAAAUCUGCUUCUGUCUGUGAAAAUAAUGAGCUGAAGCUUCACUGUAAGGAGCCCAAACUCCUGAAUAUCUACUCUGCAGUCUACGGCAGGUCCGCCCAUGAAAAGAAUACUUGUCCUAAUGAAAUGGACCGGGGAACUCCAUAUGACUGUUUAUCCUAUGCUGCUCUGGAUCUCCUAGCGCAGAGAUGUUACGGCAAACAAAGGUGCAAAAUGACUGUAAACGAUGAAAACUUUGGAAGUCCGUGUCUGCCUGGAGUUGUUAAAUAUCUUACUAUAAAUUAUUCCUGUGUUCCAAAAAUCUUACUGACAGAGGUCGACCCAAAGCUCUCUAUUAUAGCUCCCUCUUUGAAGCAGAAUGACGGUGGAUAUGAUAACAAACUUGUCCCCCGUGAGUCUCAGCUUCCCAGCAAAGAUGGACUCUUUCUCAGCAAUCUCCUUGCUGCGUUUUCUUAUAUCAGAGAUCACCCUGAAACAACAGCCCUUUUUUUCACUUUGGGCGUUUGCGCUGGGCUGAUUAUCACCGUGUUCGCACUUGUGAUCCAAAUAUCACGAAGGACUGAUGGCGUGAGCGCACAGAAAGUAAACGGACAUGCUAUACAUGUGAAAGACUGCGAAGGAACCGUGGUGUCCAGCAGUGAAGAGGAGGAGGAGGAUGAGGAGGAGGAGGACAAUGAGUCUGCAAAAUCCCACUUCUCUGAAGAGUUUAGGCAGCUGUGCAAAGCUUCCCGGCCGGUGUAUAAUGCAGUCGAUGCAGCAGACCUUGCGGAGAGGAUAGAACGUAGGGAACAGAUCAUCCAAGAAAUCUGGUUGAACAGUGGUUUGGAUCUGCCGCCAAAUCGACUCACUAACCCUUACUUCUGAGGGUAUUGUUCUGGUUAGGCAUUGAUCUCAACCCUUUGGCUUUCCAUCUGCUGAACUACAACUCUCAUAAUAACCCAACAGCUAAAGGGGUUAAGAGGUUCAGACCCCCCCAUGCUGAGAGGUUGCUUUACACUAUCUAGGCACCUUCUGUGAAGGGAUCUCUAUUUUACACUGUAUUCAGAUGAAAAUGCAGAAUGAAUUUCUAAAGAUUAGUACUGCGGCAUACAGCUGUCUAUUUUUAUACAGAUUUUUAUAUUUAUCAUUGGGGAGCACCAGAUUAAGAUCUGCUUUUUUGUUAUAGUCAUUUAGCCCAGCACAUGUUUAUAUAAAAAUAUUAAUGGCAAUAUUGCACUUUAAAAAGUAAAAAAAAAAAUAGGAAAACCUCUCCUUGAAAGUGUGAAAGUGAAAAGAAACAUUUUUACUGGUUUAUAUAGGAAUGUGAUUCGUUAUGUCCAGCUUUUAUUAUCCAUUCUGUGCCCAAAAUCUAACCUUGGGCCAGGAGGGCUCAUUUCCGACUGCAAGGGCAGUGCGCAAAGUGCAUUUUUGGGAACAAAUAGGCGUGGUUUUUUUUUUUAGCUUCAAUCCAAUCAUCAUUGCAGCCUGAGAGCAGCCUUGCAUUUGCAGCAGAUGCCAUAGAGCAAACAAAAAUUUGCCUAUAGGCAAAGCACACAGAGAGAAACCUGGAAUAACCACCAUCUUUAAGGUGGUGCGAGCUCCAGGGUUCCCUUGUAUAAGGUGCGCAUAUAAUCAGAGGAUGCAGGGCAGACUAAUUGGUGCUGAACACAACUAUAAUAAUAUAUAGUAUUAUAAUAUACAGUAUAUAAUACUAUAAUAGUGCAUAAUACGCAUCUUUGACGCAAGCACCUUUAUAAAAUGGUGUCCGUGUGUGCAACAUCUGCAUCCAAUCUUGAGUGACUGCAACUGCAUCUUCUAUCAUAAAUGAGCCCUUAACUACGCCAAAAAUAAGUUGUUAGAAGUAGUUGUGGAUGGGCAAAGUGGAAGGAUUCAUUAAUUCAUGUCUUGUUUGUGACAAAACUAAGGAAAUAUCCCAUUACAUGGCCACAAAGGGCCUUUUUCCAUUGGGGUAUGUGCGUGGUAUUAAUAGUAUUUUAUUAUAUUGCAGUGGCAGACAAGGCAAUAUGGCAGCGCAAUUUAUAUACAUAAAUACUAAUAUGAAGAUAAAUAAGACUUUUUACCCCAGUAACUUUUGCAUGUAAGAGUAAAGAAUUUUCCCAAAGUGCAACACAUAAAAUCCUUACUGUACUGUUCAACUGUGGACGAAUGAGUAGAUACAGGGAGUUGCUGAGCUGCCAGAAAUUGUGGAAAUGAAGAAAUAAUGUGCUAAGACUCAAA